UUUAGGGAUUUUGUUGUUGUGAUUUUUGGUUGUAUUGGGGUUUUCAAACGUGAAUAAAAUGACAAAGAAGAUCUGAAGAGACUUUCCAGAUAUGGAUGUCCUAACAAUAUUUGCUCACUUUUUGUUUUUAUAUUGUUUCAAACCAUCUGGAACGACAAGCCUUAUCACAGGUCAGCGCGUCUGUAAGGCUGGAAAGGGGAAGCCGUGUUACAAACUCGCCUAUUUCUCUGAACUCCGGCGGCGGCUGAACUUUGUGGAAGCCGAGCUGGCAUGCAGACGGGACGGGGGUCAGCUGCUGAGCGUGGAGUCCGAGGCCGAGCAGCAGAUCAUAGAGCAGCUCAUUACGGAGCUCCGGACCUCUGACGGAGACUUCUGGAUCGGCCUCCGGAGGGAUCACGGGGAUGGGGACAGCUCCACCGACUGUUCUCCUCAGUAUUACUGGCUGGACAGCAGCAAGUCUACUUACAGAAACUGGCACUGGGAUGAGCCUUCCUGUGGGUACGAGGUGUGUGUGGUUAUGUACCACCAGCCCUCUGCUCCACCCGGCCUUGGAGGACUCUACAUGUUUCAGUGGAACGAUGACAACUGUGAAACUAAGAACAAUUUCAUCUGCAAAUACACUUCAGAGCAACCAGUGGAUGUGUCUCCUUCACCCAAUACUACACAAUCAGAUGUCGUACCAUCUGUGUUACCCUGGAGUCCAAGUGAGCACAACAGUGACCGAAGUACAGCUCUGAAUCUGGUUUACAUCAUUAUUCCCACCAUCCCUUUGAUACUGCUAUUCCUCACCGUGAUGGGCGUUUGCUGCUUCAAAAUGUUUGGCAGAAGGAGGACUCAGCAGAAGUCUGAAGUGUGCCAGACUGAGCCAGGUAUUUGUCCUAGUCCUGCUUCGACCGAUGUCUACAAUGUUAUUCGCUCACAGAAGGAGGAUGACCUAGUCUCCACCCGGCCACACACUAAGAACACCUCUUUUCUGGGCUCCUCUCCGGACACUCCAACGGGUGAUUACGAUAACUUGGGAGGUCGGGACACAGAGAGUGGCUUUGUUACACUGGCCAGUACCGAGAGCUGCUUUCUCAACUUUGACCUCAACGACCUAAGCCUUGGACGUCGUGGCAACUUCUAUGACACCAGUUUGGGGAGACCCAUCAAGAGAGACAUAAAUGGGAGCAGUCUGGGGCGAUCUACGGGGCAUAGGGAGUUUUAUGAUAGGAGCCUGGGUCGUCGUACAACCAAAAGUGAGCACUAUAGUAGCACUGUGUAUCCAGUACCUGAUUUGUAUGACACCAGUCUCUUUGAUCCAAAAAUCAGGCCUCCCAUUGUGAAGGCUGACUUAUAUCAAACAUACAUGAACAACGGCAAGGAGGAGACUUUCCAGAGCAGCCUGGGCACUUAUGGGCGCCGCAAAUCCUACCAAUCAAAUGUGGACUACAGAAGUGGGCUGAAUCUAGACAAUGGGAGGAGGCACUUUGACUGGAUCAACAGAGAAAACUAUUAAAUCACACAUCAACGGUUACUUUACUUUAACUUUAAAUAUACAGUAAAAGUAUAUCGAAGGAUCCACUAAUCAAUAUAUGAUGAGACAUCACCCUUGUGACAGGUGUGGUUAGUAACAAAGAUCUUUAACAAGUUUUAGUUAAUGGGAUUAAUGAAAGAAAUAAAUUUAGUAAACAAGCAGCGAAUCAAAUUAUUUUAAAAAGUUAAACUGUGACAAAUGCACAACUGGGCCAGAGCAUGUCUUUUGUCUUUGGUUUUCCUACUCUGUCAUGGUCUAAUUGGUCUGUUUUAAACAAAUAUAUGAUAUUAUAUGAAAUGUGUUCAUAUGAUGUAUGUAUUAUAUGUUAUUGUAUUAUUUAUAUAUUGGUCUGGUAUAUAUUAUUUUAAACUUAAAAUAUAUCACAAUUUGGCCAGAGAGGGACUAUGAUCCUCAGAGACUGCAUGGCCUUGGUAUGUCGUCUUUGCCUGGUUGGAUGAUUUUGAGGUUUAUGGUUUUUGUACAUGCGCCUGUUGUAAUUUUUAUCCAUUUCCUCAUAAGCAUACAUCAGAACAAAGGAAUAUGCCUUAUACAAUGCCAUAAACAGUUCUUUCGUUGUCAUUUGCCGUCAGCCUAUAAAAGCUAUAUAUAAGAUGUACAAAGUUUAAUACAGCUGUUAGUGUGCCUGCAGCCUGAUCACAGCAAUGGAAUGACACAGAAUAUAUAAUAAAACUAACGUGAUAAUUAUUAAAUGCCUUGAUUUCUCAGAUGUGAAAGCUAUUUGUAUGUUUGUUAUAGAAACUCUUUAAAUAAAAGUAUUUAAAAUAAGAUAAUGUCUUGUUGAAGGCCCUCUAGUGUACAUUAGAAGUAAAAGAAAGUAUAUGUACCGUACUAGUAUAUAAUGUCAGGAUUUUUAUGUUGU